CAGUGUGCGAGCAGUGAGAAGUCACACUACUCGGGCACUAUGAACGGGACGAUCCACGUGGUGGUGGGCGGCGGCGGCAGCCACUUAUCGGACUUCACCACCGCCACUCCGAACUGGAGCAUCUACAGAGACGAGGACUACGGUUUCGUGAAGCUCACCGCCUUCGACCACUCCUCGCUACUCUUCGAGUACAAGAAGAGCAGCGACGGAAAAGUCUACGACUCCUUCACCAUCUCUAGAGAUUACAGAGAUGUGCUAUCCUGCGUGCAUGAUAGUUGAGCGUCGACGACGUUGGCCUCGUAAAGAAAA